AUAUUAGGGCCCGACGAGUCCUCCGUACACCAGCGAUCCCAACAGUUGAUGCGCUGUCGAUUCUCCGAGGUUCGUUUGGACAUCCCAGGGUUCUUCCUCAUCUACCUCGCCAUCUCACUAUAUUUCUCAUCUUCACCUGCCUUAUCCCUUGCUUUAUCUCUCCUAGCCCAAGCCGUAUCACCACCUUCGAACGCGCCAUCGUCCCACAAGGAACAUCCAGUGUCCCCGAAGCUUCUCCCUGUUCCCACCCUCAUCUUCAGCCCAUACCUCAGCCGUAUCAGCACGAGCGUGUAUCCUAGACCCAGGCCGCCCCAGUCCAUUCCAGGCGACUUAUUCGAUGUACCGUCCACAAACUCGGAGCACGUGAGCAUUCCGCGGCCACCUCGCACUUACACUUGCCCUAUCCGGUAACUUCCCUGCCAGGCAAGGAAACCCCCGGAGUUCUUCCCGGCCCCUCCUCCCUCACCUGGCGCAUCUUGUCAGGGCGCGAAUCUCCAAGUGGCUCCAGAGAGUGGUCUCCCCUCGGCCAAGGCCAGGGCGCCGCUGAGUCGGUCUCAUUAUGCUGUACUAUCUGGAUGACCUGAGCUAGUGCUAGAGGCUCCAUCCCUGACGUUACCGAUAUGAGGAUACCCAAUGCCUAUUUGCAAUUGUCCAAGAUUUCGCCAGGCGUGAAGUACACCAAUCUUUACCCAAGAAUUCGUGUUGCGCGUGAAGUUCAGGAUGAGUAUACGUCCAUAUGCUCAGGGGCAGCAAGUUCAGAUUUUCUCACACCCCACGAGCCCUGGAUACGGCGCUGC